AUGACUGACGCUAUAUUGGAGCUACUCGAUCCGCAUCUCAACAGCAACAACAAUGCUUCGUCACCGUCAACAUCCCGCCCGCUACGAGCAUCAUCAACAGAUGCGACGACAACCACCAAAUAUCUCAACCGCCUGACGAGUUUAUCACUUGAACAAAUACGAAAUAGCGAGCCUCAAUCCAUAUCUCAAUCUGCGCACUCUACUCUCCUAUCCCUCCAAGCAUUGUCUAAUCGCUCCCACAAAGCUCUAAUAUCGUCAUCAGACCACCUUUCGACUCUACGAAAUCUGAUACCAUCCUUAGGCCAGGAUGUCAAGGCUUUACAGGAGAGGAUACCGAUCCUCGACUCAGAAGCUGUACGCUUCUCGACUACGUAUAGCAAAUCGAGCGAUAACCCGAACCUAGACAGAAGAAAAAAAGCAAUGCAGGUAUCGCGAAAUGUCGACCGAAUAUCAGAUGUCCUUGAGCUUCCAGCCCUCCUCUCGACCGCCGUUUCUACCUCAUCAGCGAAUGCCGGACCUAAUGCAGGAAGUGCAGCAUCGGGAAACUACUCGACAGCUCUCGACUUAUACUCUCACAUAAAACGACUACAAACCCUCUACCCAGACUCUCCGCUUAUAAAGGACAUUAUAUUGCAAGCUGAAGAUGCGAUGAAGACCAUGACCACGAAUCUUAUAGCCGGGCUAAGAACACAAAACAUUCGACUCGCGGCCGCGAUGAGGACGAUUGGAUGGCUCCGACGUGUUGCGCCGGAACUGGAAGACCCGCGAAGAGGUCACGAAACCGGCACAGGAUCAGGCGAAGGAUCACUGGGAGCACUCUUCCUCGUAUGUAGGCUGGCAAAUCUAGUUUCGACUUUGGAAGCCCUUGAUCCUCUCAGGGAGCUGGCAGACCAAGAAACCCAGCGCAGGGGUGAAGCGGCGGCAGGCGAGCGAGCAGCAUCGUCUAAAUGGUCUGGAGGCCAACAGACGGAGCGGUAUUUGAAGCGAUAUAUUGAAAUCUAUCGAGAACAGAGCUUUGCAAUUGUCUCACUAUAUAAAAACAUAUUCACGCCGGAACCAGUUGAGAACGGCUCGAAGCCGAUUUCUGUUCCCGGGCUGGACCUCAAAUCACUCAACUUGAAAACACAACCACCCGCAAAGCCAACCAAAAAAGUCGAUCCUCUUCAAGCACUUCCGCCUGCAGUUGCGACAUUCCCGUUAUAUCUAGUCCGGCUCCUUACGGACACUCUUCGCACCUACCUCCCAAAUGUAAGAGACAAGAGCUCACGAGAAAGUCUUUUGAGUCAGGUCCUGUACUGUGCCGCCAGUCUUGGGCGAUUGGGUGGGGACUUUAGCAUGAUCCUUACGGAGCUAGAGGAUGAAGAAGUCGAGGACGAGACAAUUGUCCCUGAAUGGGAGGAAGUGAUGCGCAAACAUCGGGCGUUGGCAGGGAGACUCGAGCAACUUACCAGCGGUCAAGCUGCUGGGGGUGCUACCAAGAGUAUCUCCCGAGUGACCUCCCCAGUACAUUGA